ACUACGCCAAGAUGGCGUAUUUCAUUAAUGCAAUCGUGUAAAUGUACACAUUACGUUCAAUUGUUUCUUGGUUACAAGUGCUGACAAGUGCACGCGUCUAACAAUGGUUGAUGAAGAAGUAAUACGCCGGCGACUGCUCAUAGACGGCGAUGGGACGGGAGACGAUCGUAGGAUUAAUAUGCUAUUAAAAUCAUUCAUAAAAUGGAUCAACAGUUCCGACGUGGACAACACGCUACACGAAAGAAUGCUGUCACAAUUGGCACAAUGCGAAUUUGCACAGAAAAAAUCCAGGCUAGUCUCGAACAUGAGUCGAGAAGAGUUAAAGAGCUACGAGCAGCUGUCGAAGGAAAUCGAGAUACAAAUAGAGAAGGCCAAGGAAGACAUAGAGAAAACUAAGGCGGAACUGCAGGAUGCCAAACGCGUGAGGAAAAACAGGAUAGAGUACGAUGUACUGGCCAAAGUCAUUAAUGAACAACCAGAUCGAUUGGAAACGCACAUCAAGCUCGAUACAUUGCAACAAGAGCUGGGUGCUUUAAAGGAGAAGUCAGAACAGCUGGAGCACAAAUUAGAAAUGCGUCGUAAACAAUUCCACGUUUUAAUAUCCUCCAUACACUCUCUACAAGGAAUGUUAGACGAAGGUAAUGAAGAAAUGAUGGAUGAAGGGAUGUGAGCUUUGAAAACACAGAUGUACAAAUUCAAAUAUUGUGCAACAAUUUAUGAAUAUCUACCUCUGUUAUUUCCAACCGUUUGUAAAAGUCGAGGAAUGUAUGGGAACCACAACUGAUAGUGGUUACAACAGGAUAAAAAAGCGGGCCAUCUGAGUGUGCCUGAUGAAGAUAUUAGAUGCUUUCCAUUUACAUCAAAACUCAGAUAAUUCUCACUUGUGACGUCAUCCUAUCCUUUUUGGGAAUUAAUGAAUAAUAAAGACAGAAUGACAUCACAAAUGAGAAUUAUCUGAGUUUUGAUGUAAAUGGAAAGCAACUAUUACGUUACUGUUCAGUAUGUGCGCUAUCUAUGUAUAUAUUCUGUAUUUUCUCUAUUCUGAUAUAUAGAUAGAUAAACGUAAUUUGUACUUUAUAACAAAGAAAAAACAUACAGUACAUAUACAAUGUACUUUCACUUUA